AAAUCCUUUCAUUUCCAAUUUUCUCGCAAAGGAAAACAUGACCACAGCAACUCACCUCUGCCACUCUCUCCCGCCAAUUGCUUCGCUCUUGACCGCUACAGUACCGGCGUGCAAUAGCAGCGCCGGCGCGCGAACCCAGAUGCCUUUUUUACGAAUAGCGUGCGCUUCGAGGAGGAGCCAAGAUGACGACUACCACGCCACUCUCAAAGCGCUCAACUCCAAGGGCCGCUUCCCUAGAAAAUCCCUUGGCCAGCAUUACAUGUUGAAUUCUGAGAUUAACGAGCAACUGACACGUGCGGCCAAUGUAGAAGAAGGUGACGUGGUCUUAGAAAUCGGACCGGGAACUGGUUCUUUAACCAAUGUCCUUAUAAGCUCCGGCGCCACCGUUCUCGCAAUUGAAAAGGAUCCUCACAUGGUGGACCUUUUAAGAGAAAGAUUUGAAAGCACGGACGGGUUCAAGGUUUUGCAAGAGGAUUUUGUCAAAUGUCACAUUCGUUCUCAUAUGUUUCCAAUGUUGGAAAAUAGAAAGGGUUUGAAUACGAGCUCGACUCGGGCCAAAGUAGUUUCUAACAUACCCUUUAACAUAAGUACAGAUGUAGUUAAACAACUUCUUCCUAUGGGUGAUAUAUUCUCCGAAGUUGUUCUCUUGCUCCAGGAGGAAACAGCUGUGCGAUUGGUGGAAUCGUCUUUGCGGACAUCUGAGUACCGACCCAUCAACAUCUUUGUUAAUUUUUAUUCAGAGCCUGAAUACAAGUUUAGAGUUCCAAGAACAAAUUUCUUUCCUCAACCUAAUGUUGAUGCAGCUGUUGUUACAUUUAAACUGAAGCAAGCUCCAGACUAUCCUUCAGUGGCCUCCACAAAAAGCUUUUUCUCAAUGGUCAAUUCAGCAUUCAAUGGAAAACGUAAGAUGUUGAGGAGAUCACUCCAGCACAUAUGCCCAUCUAAUGAGAUCGAAAGAGCUCUUGGAGAUGCUGGCCUUCCAACAACAUCAAGACCAGAGGAGCUUACCUUAGAUGAUUUUGUGAAGCUGCAUAAUUUAAUUGUGAGAGUGUAGUGCGCCCAGUUCUUGGAUAUAUGGUCAUCACAAAUAUCCAUGGUUUCCUUUCUAGGAAGAGCUGGUUUUUGCUGCCGCAUAAGCAAUGGGCAGAAGAACAAACGCAAUCUAAGUUAGGAACUCAAUGGAGGACAGCGCUGCAAAAGUCUCGUUGAUCUCCAGUGUCUGUCUCAACUCUCAAAAGCAAUGCCUCAGUCGCAGAAGGUAUCUCGAGGGUAAUGAAGGUUAUGACUUACCAGCAUUUAAUUUUGCCAUGCGUCUUUUUCCAAGUUCGGUUCCAACUCCUCACCCUAUGCUUAAGUAAUAAAAUCUCAAUACAGGUCCAACUAUCAUAACAUAUUAAUGUAGGUGUCCUCGGAUUUUACCUCUCUACUUUAAUACCGGCUGUACGGAGAACAUGUGCAUUAUAAGAGUUUGUACACUUUGCUAUUGUAAAUCUUACAACAUCAAAUUGAGCACCCACAUUUUUUAGCAA